AGCAUCACAGGAGGGAUCUCUUACAUCCUGUGGAAAGCUCACUCUGCUGGUGCUUUAUCUCUCUGUCUCUGCUAAACUUCUUAAUCUGUGUGGUCAAUCAUGGCUGAAAGAAAUGGGACCUGCAAAACCUCUGCUGUCAUCUCACUCCUUGCUCUUAUGAUGCUCACUUUUCUGGACUUAUCAGCUGCAGCAACAGAAAAGAAGGUUCCAAGCAGACCGUACAGAAUGCGAGCUCGAUCUUCAGCUCAACGCUCUUUUGCUCCUCAGUCUGCGGGUCUCAGAAGUACUCGCAGAUUUCUUUCCAAUGCUGGAGAAAGCUCUAGAAGAGCUUAUGCCCCACGGAAGCCAGUUGUCCAAGAACAAGAAAAUGCACAACGAGCAUCUGAAUCAGUUCACUUGGUGUCAGUCCAGUCAAUGAAUCCUCAAGAGAAGAGCCAACCAGUGUAUCGAGCAGCCGUUACAAAGCUUAAAAUUCCAGAGGAUAAUCAUCUCUUGGAACCAAAGGAUUUGAGCAUAAGAGUAAUUUCUUCACAGUCUGUGCUAGUCACAUGGGUUGAUCCUUUGUAUGAAAAGUCGGCAAACAUCGGCUCGAACAGAGAGUACACUGUUCGUUACAGAGAAAAGGGAGAGUCUGCACGAUGGGAUUACAAAACAAUAAACACUAGACGCGCAAUGGUGGAUGAUUUAUUACCUGAUGCUAUGUAUGAAUUUUCUGUCCGCAUUUCCCAAGGAGACAAAGAAGGCCAUUGGAGCCCAUCAGUUUUCCAAAGAACCCCAGAAUCUCCUCCAACGAGCGCCCCUGAAAACCUAUAUGUGGCCCCACUGAAUGGAAAAAAGACAGCAGUGAGAGCAAUGUGGGAUAAACUCUCAGAUUCCAAUGGCCGGAUAAAGGAAUACAUAAUCUCAUAUGCUCCGGCUAUGAAACCAUUUGGUGCUAAAUCAGUAUCGUACUCAGGAACUUCUACAUCUGCCAUAAUUGAUGGACUACAGCCUGGAGAACGCUACAUCUUUAAAAUCCGUGCAGCAAACAGAAGAGGGCAGGGACCCCAGUCCAAAGCAUUUACGGUCAUCAUGCCAGGUAGCGCUACACCAAAGGAUUUGUAUAGUGAGUCUCCAACAAAGGAUGUUUUGAAAGGAGAAAAUAAAAAAAAUAAAAAAGAUGAGGAGUCUUCCCUAGAAGACACUUUAGAUUUUCCAAAAAGCAGUCUGAAACUUAAUUCUAAACUGUCAAAUACUCAUGAAAACCCUGGUAGAAAAGAUACCUUUUUAGAUUCCAACCCUGAAUCAUCUGAAGACCUUAAGGAUAUCGAAAUAACAACAACAUUAGCGCCUAAAACUUCAGCCACACCCCAGAGGAGACGCAUUCGUCCUUUUUCAUCAAAUGAUCCAUUAAAUACUGGAAGGCGGCCGUUCAGAAUUAAUCCAUUAUAUUUAGGAAGAAAUAUAAAUGGCCGUAAAUCUGUUUCUCCUACUGUUCCUGUAGAUGAAAACAAUGAAACAAAGAAUUCAGAACUGGAAGAUGACAAACAUUUAUCUGAGAGGAAUCUACCAUCAAAAACUAUGGAUAAGAGUCCCAGAGAAAGAGAGGAAGACACUGAAGAACAAGAUAAUGUUCCAUUAAAGGAUGUUACAACUAAGUUUUCUAAUAUAGAUUCCAGUCCAGCAGGAAAGGAUGACAGUGAAUCUCAUUUAGAAAUAAGCAAGUCUUUGUCAGCUUCAUCGUAUACCCUGAAAAAGGGAAACCAGAGAACCUCUUUAAGUAGAGUACCAAAUAAGCAGUCUUCUACUCCAACAAGAUCACCUGCAGCAAACCCACCAAAUAGUUCAUCUCAUCUGCAUUCAACUAGUUUGCUGGAGAAAGAGAAAGACAUCCCUGAAAAUGCUAACAAAUAUGAUUCCAGUCCUGCUAUAACCAAGGAAACAAAUUAUGGGAUCCCGCACACAUCCAUCAAAAGAAAACCACAGGCAAAAGUAACUACCCCACGUAAAAUUAGUCUAGAUUCUAACAAACAGUCACAUUCUGUUGCCCUUUCAAACCGGGCCAAGGAAACAAUGUCUUCUGCUGGCCGCAAUUCCGGAAAUAUUGACCCUGAAAGCGAAGAAGCAAAUAAUGACAGAAGUAGCUUUUCUAAUGCACCUGAAGGUGAAGAGGCCAUUUCUGAUGUUUUUGAUCCAGAAAAAUCCCUUCAAAAUAAAAAGGCUUCAACUUUACAUCCUAUCACAAAGACAAGCUCAACAUCUGAUGAGAAAAACAUCUAUUCUGUCAAAAAUUCUGGCUUUUCUGGCUAUAAGACAACAAAGACAACAGUUAGCAGUACAAUAAGAACUCUUUCUCCAACAACUCCUUCAGCUACAACUACUGAAUCCCCAACCACAAGUGAAUCUUACAAAGAGAAUAUAAGCAAAUUUAACAAAUACCACAUCAAAAAAAUUGAUACGGAUGCUAAGGUUUCUUCUUCGAAUCAGCAACCUUCUGUCACAUCAGUCUCUGGAAAGUCAGCUUUAUCAAUAUUAGAAUAUUAUAGGCGGAGGAGUUCCCAGUUAAAGCCUAAUACUGGCAGUAAAUACAUACCUAAAAGCAACCCAAAGACAUCCUCAAGUGUAAUAGUUCACACGACGGCUAUUUUAACAACAACUUCACCAACAACCGCUUUGGUGCUAAAACAUUUAGAAUCUAAAAAUAUAAAUGCUGAAAAGAGAGACACACCUUUGAAGCAAACUCAAGUACAUCCUAAGCCUCUUUCAAAUGAACAAAGUAGUGAUCAUUUACUUAUAUCACAUUCUUCUGCCACUCAGUUAUCAAAACAACCCAAUGAAAAUCCUACAUCGGUACUAAUGACCCCCAAGCAGAAAGAAAAGUAUGACCUGCCAAAUAAGGAAGAAAAUAUAAAUGGAAAAGCAGACCUAUCUAAACCAGUCAUUAGAUCCAGAACCCCAGUUCGAGCUGGCCAUCAAGAUUUUAAGAAAGCAACAGUUGGCCAGCCUAUUAAACAAAAUGUUCCUGAUGACGAAACUAUGCAACAUAGGGUGAAGUCUUCAGCAAUCAAAAAGGGUGAGAUUUCUACAGAUAUUGAACAGGUAAAUCUGGGUCACCAAGGCCAUGAGCUUGAAGAAGAAGGAAUAAAGGAAUCAAAACUAACAAAUCCUACAUUAUCUAGGAAUUCUCCUGCAUCUUCCUUAACUCCAUCCUCCUACCCUAAAGAACAUUACCCAAGUAUAGCAAAAGCAGUUGUCCCUCAGGUUAAGAACACUGAAGGCAUAUAUAAUACUGGUAAUCAGCAUUCGGAAUCAUCAAAUUCCUAUUUACCAAGUAACAGGAAUAUUGGUUUUACAAGGACAUCUGCCAGCAAGCCCCAUACUUCCACUUCAGACGUUGAUGACUCUCUUAAAUAUGGUUCAGCUCUGCCAAAAACAGAUAUUUCAACUAAAGAGAUUUCUAAGCCUUCUUUAAAACCUGAGCAGUCAGAAUAUGAAAAGAAUCUAAAACCAACCUCAAGGACAAGACAGGGUCCAUACUCUAAUACUGGAGCAUCUAAACACAGAAACGUUAAUGGGAAUGUUUUUAACAAGAAAAAUGUAAUAGAUACUUCCUUUUCACAAAAGCAGUCAGCAACAUUAGAUGAGGAAGAGGGGUUAAGUGCUCCACCAACUGUAAAGGAAAACACUCACAAAACUGCAAGAAUUUUCCCGUCUUACACAAAUAAACAUUCUGUAAUAGCAAGAAAUUCACCAAGGUCCACAACAACUGUUGCUCCAUACACAAAUCGCCCACUUAGCUCUACCAGAGCUUCUCCAUACAGAUUAAUUCCUUCAGUUGCCAGACAGUUAAACAUUGGUCGAUCCUACUACUCCAGAACUACACCUUCGCCUACAACUUCUCCUGUGCGUACUGCGUCUCCUACUCUUUCUUCACGUCAUAGAAUACUAAAUUCAAGGUUUGGAUCUCCUGGGCGAAGGCCAUACGGAAGACCUUUCUACAGGCAAGGUAAUAACGGAAGACCGUAUCUGAUGUCACGAGGGAAUGGGAACAGGAAUGUGCCAGCCUCUAGCAACGGGAACCUUAAUGGACAGAGGAUGAUUUAUGGUCCUGAAGGAACAAAGUGGGUUGUAGAUCUGAAUCGUGGAUUAGUUCUUAAUACUGAAGGACGAUAUCUUCAGGAUUCUCACGGAAAACCUCUUCGUAUAAAGUUAGGAGGAGAUGGGAGGACCAUUGUUGACCUACAGGGUACCCCAGUUGUCAGCCCUGAUGGGUUACCUUUGUUUGGAAAUGGAAGGUUCAGUAAACCAUUAGCCAGUCCACAGGAUAAACCAGUUCUGAGUCUAGGAGGAAGACCACUGAGGGGUCUUGAAGUGGCAAGAACCACCAGAAUCCCAACAACAAGAAUGACAACAACUCUUCCUACCACAACAACCACCACAGCUACAACCACGCUCCCAACCACCACAUUACCUACCACCACCACCACUACUACGACACCUGAACCAACAACUGAACCAACAACUGUGCCUACAACAGAAGAGAUCCCAUACCCAACCUGUCCUCCAGGAUCUUACACACAAUAUGAUGAGGAAGGAAACCUUAUUAUGGGCCCUGAUGACAAGCCUGAUUGUUAUGAAGAAGACAGCUUCUCUGGUCAAGAUUUUAUUGUUUCCACUGAGGCAGCAGAGACUGUUACAGAUUAUGAAAUAAUAAAGACAACUCAACCGCCGGUGAAAAUAACACCACCACCACCACCACCACCACCAUCUUUCACAGAGGAGUCGGAAAUUAAAUCAUUUGGCACUAACUUGGUGUCAGAAUAUGAUGUUGCCGGAAAGAAGAGAUUCACAGCACCUUAUGUGUCAUACAUAAGUAAAGAUCCAAACACUCCCUGCUCACUGACAGAUGCUCUUGACCACUUCCAAGUAGAAAAUUUAGAGGACAUCAUACCUAAGGAUUUCAAAGAGGGAGUUUUACCUCCCCAGAAUAUAUCCUACAACAUCACUGUUGUGGCUGUAGAAGGCUGCCAUUCCUUCGUCAUUCUAGAUUGGGCCAAACCCAAGAAGGGAGAUUUCAUCACAGGAUACCUGGUCUACAGUGCUUCUUAUGAUGACUUUCUGAGGAACAAGUGGUCGACUCGAAAUGCAGCAGCAACCAGUUUCCCUGUAGAAAACCUGAAGCCCAACACAAGGUAUUACUUCAAAAUUCAAGCAAAGAAUCCCUAUGGGUUUGGACCAGUGAGCCCCUCUGUGUCAUUUGUUACUGAAUCAGAUAACCCAUUACUUAUUGUGAGGCCUCCAGGUGGUGAGCCAAUAUGGAUCCCCUUUGCAUUCAAGCAUGAUUCUAGUUUCUCUGGCUGCAAUGGCAAACAAUAUGUCAAGAGAACAUGGUACAGAAAGUUUGUUGGUGUUGUCCUGUGCAAUUCCUUGAGGUAUAAGAUUUACCUAAGUGAAAAUCUACGAGACACGUUUUACAGCAUAGGAGAUAGUUGGGGAAGAGGUGAGGAUCACUGUCAAUUUGUGGAUUCAUACAUGGAGGGACGGACAGGACCACUUUCUGAAAUAGACAUACUACCAAUGGUUGAUGGCUAUUACCGGCAUUACAUCCAAGAACCAGUGAAGUUUGGUCAAAUUGGCUAUGGAACUCCCCAUAACUAUGUUGGUUGGUAUGAAUGCGGAGUGCCCAUACCAGGAAAAUGGUAACCUACUGGUGUUCCUACCAUGUUCUAAAUAUUUUCCAGAACAUCUGCAUGUAGAGAAGCUGGUGGUUAUCCAACUGACUUGCAAUAAAAGGAUUAACAGCACUGGGUUGAAAUGGACAAAUAUAUAUAUAUAUUAUUCUACAUGCUUCAAGACAAUAUCAGACCAAAAACACUGUGUCAACGUGAAUAUUUGGUGCUGCUUCUAAUACUUUCUAGAAGCCCAAGUAGAACUCUGUGUUCCGUUCUUUCUGCUUUGAUACGCAUAUUGAUCUGGUUGUAUGGGAUCCCACACUUAGUGAAAGCCCAUAAGCCACGAAGCCAAACUUGGAAUUAUCUUCUAACUUGCAAGAAUGACCUAAGCAUGCUGUGCUUGCUUACAUGUAAGCUAAACACUUACCAUUGUUUUUAAUGGAAAUCAUCUGCCAUUAACCUCUGUCAACGUUUGAUGCUUCAGAAUUCAAUCACGCUUAUUUACUAGCUGCAAGUGGAAAUCAGACAGUCGUCCUUUGAACAUGCACUUGUUGGAGCUUUCACCCAGUCACGGUCUACAUUGGAUGUAUGUUUGUCAGAAUCAGAAUUGUGUCAACAUUACAUGUGCACUACUUAAAUGCAAAUGCAUCAGGGAUAGCAUUUAUCUAUAGCCAAAACAUGUUCAUGAGGUAUUUUUCCAUUUCCUGUUAAAGUAUCAUUGUGUUAGUCUUGAUAUAUUAUAUUUCCCAUCAGUAUGUUGCCACGUCUUAAAAUUAAUUUGUCAUAUUUCCAGAAUAUUAUACUAUAUUUUCCAUUUCUAUAUAAUCUAUAUAAUGAUGUAUACAGAUUAAAAUAUGCAAUGUAUUAGAAACCUACCUUUUUUGUAUACCAUGGGAUCAACCAUCUCAACUUCCUGUUCUAAGGAUAUGCAUGAUUAUUCCUCCUCAUUAAGUUAUUUCGCCCCCUUUACUAAGUUGUUGUCCUUCUUAGGUGGCUCUGGCAGUCAUUAUAAGAGUAGAGUGAGGAGAAUGGGAGAUAAACUCAGGAAAGGAAA